CCGGCUGAGUGCAGCGGCUUGCGUCGGUUCCCGCAAUCUUCUGCAGCAACGUACGAGAAAUCCCCAAAACAAGCCGGGUGGAUUUACAAUUCUUGGUACGUGGGAUAGCGACAUUACAGCAGGCGUGGGGAAAAAGGAUCCAAGAUUGUUCUUAGGUUUGCUGGCGUGAGCCAUUAGCAUUAUGACGGAGGUCCAGCAGGUGCACGCGGGCAUCCGCUGGGAGCCUGGCCAGGUACAAAUGGAAGAAGAAUGGGAUGGAGGAAAUAAUUCAUCAAAGCUAUUUGAACGCUCCAGAAUCAAAGCCCUUGCAGAUGAGCGUGAAACAGUCCAGAAGAAAACAUUCACAAAAUGGGUCAACUCACACCUCGCCCGUGUGGGCUGCCGCAUCAGCGAUCUCUACAUGGACCUCCGCGAUGGCAAAAUGUUGAUGAAGCUGCUGGAAGUUCUCUCAGGGGAAAGACUGCCAAGACCAACCAAAGGCAAGAUGCGUAUUCACUGUCUGGAGAAUGUGGACAAGGCAUUGACAUUCUUGAAUGAGCAGCGUGUCCACCUGGAGAACAUGGGCGCCCAUGACAUAGUGGACGGGAACCAGAGACUGACCCUGGGCCUCAUAUGGACCAUUAUCCUGAGAUUCCAGAUCCAGGACAUCACUAUAGAGGAUGCAGACAGCAGUGAGACCAGAUCUGCCAAGGAUGCUCUGCUAUUGUGGUGCCAGAUGAAGACAGCAGGCUAUGCCAAUGUCAACGUCAGGAACUUCACCACCAGCUGGAGAGAUGGGCUGGCUUUUAACGCCCUCAUACACAAACACAGACCCGACUUGAUCGCUUAUGACCGCUUGUCCAAGAACAACCCCAUGUUCAACCUGAACAAUGCUUUCAAUGUGGCAGAAGACAAGCUGGGGCUUACAAAGCUUUUAGAUGCAGAAGAUGUUGCUGUUGAGGUUCCUGAUGAGAAGUCUAUCAUUACCUAUGUGGUCACAUACUACCACUACUUCUCCAAGAUGAAGGCAGAAUCUGUGCAGAGCAAGCGUAUUGGAAAAGUCUUGAACAGUGCAAUGGAAAAUGAUAACAUGGUCAACGAAUACGAAACUUUGACCUCUGACCUCCUGCAGUGGAUCGAGCAGACGAUCACUUUACUCAAUGACCGCCAUUUUGAAAACUCACUGCAAGGUGUUCAGCAGCAGCUGGGAGCUUUUAACACCUAUAGAACAGUGGAGAAACCACCAAAGUUUGUGGAGAAGGGCAAUCUGGAGAUCCUCUUGUUUACCUUACAAAGUAAAAUGAGGGCCAACAACCAGCACCCUUACUUCCCCAAAGAAGGGAAAAUGAUCUCAGACAUCAACAAGGCCUGGGAGAAACUGGAAAAAGCAGAACACGAAAGGGAGCUUGCUCUAAGAGAGGAACUGAUCAGACAAGAAAAACUUGAACAACUGGCAGCCAGAUUUGACAGGAAAGCUGGUAUGAGAGAAACAUGGCUGAGCGAGAACCAACGCCUGGUUUCACAAGAUAACUUUGGCUUUGACCUGCCUGCAGUUGAAGCUGCCACUAAGAAACAUGAGGCCAUAGAAACUGAUAUCAAUGCAUAUGAAGAAAGAGUCCAGGCAGUUGUUGCAGUUGCAUAUGAAUUGGAACAAGAAAGCUAUCAUGAUAUCAGCAGAAUCAAUGCCAGGAAAGAUAAUGUUCUUCGCCUGUGGAACUACCUGCUCGAGUUGUUGCGUGCACGCCGCAUGCGACUGGAACUGUCGCUAUCCCUGCAGAAGGUCUUCCAGGAGAUGAUGUACAUACUGGACUGGAUGGAAGAGAUCAAGGCACGUCUGCUGUCAGAAGAUUAUGGUAAACAUCUGAUGGGGGUGGAGGACCUGCUGCAGAAACACAUGCUGCUGGAGGCAGAUAUCAAUGUUGUUGGAGAAAGAGUAAAGAACGUGAACUCACAAGCCGAGAAAUUUGUUGAAGGAGAGUUUGCAGAAGUUGGAGGUUACAAACCAUGUGACCCUCAGAUAGUACAAGAGCGUAUGGACAGUCUGGAUGCUGCAUAUGAAGAACUCCAGCAGCUGGCCGCAGACCGCCGCGCCAGGCUGGAGGAAUCCCGCAAACUUUGGCAGUUCUACUGGGACAUGGCUGACGAGGAGGGCUGGAUCAAGGAGAAGGAGCAGCUCAUGUCCAGUCCAGAUCUUGGCCAUGACUUGACCAGUGUCCAUCUGCUGCUGAACAAACAUAAGUCUUUGGAAGAUGAGAUGACAGCCCGUCACUCUCACCUGCAGUCUGUCAUCCAGGUAGGCAAUGACCUGAUCCAGGCCGGAAACUUUGGCGCAGACAAAAUCCAGUCCAGAAUUGAUGAGAUCAACCAGCAAUGGGAUAACCUCAUUGAUCUGGCUGGAUAUCGCAAGAAGAGGCUGUUGGAGGCUGUAGACUAUUACCAGUUCUUCGCCGAUGCUGAUGAUGUAGAUACCUGGAUGUUGGACACUCUGCGUCUUGUGUCCAGUGAGGACGUAGGAAGGGAUGAGGCCAGUGUCCAGUCACUCAUUAAGAAACAUAAGGAGAUUAUGGAUGAGAUUGAGAGGCAACGGCCAACAGAUGUGACAGAUGAAUUGAAGAACUACCAGAGUGUCAUCACAGCACUGCAUGAACAGGCCGGCAGUUUGGGAGAACAGGACCGAGACUCCCCUGAGGUCCAGGGCAGACUGGGCAGCAUUGACCGUCGUUACCAAGAACUUGUGGAGCUUGCCAAGCUGAGAAAACAACGCCUGUUGGACGCACUGGCACUGUACACCCUGUUCAAUGACGCUGACAGUGUAGAGGCCUGGAUUGAAGAAAAGGAGAAAUUCCUGGCCAAGAUGGUGCCUGCCAGUGAUGACAUUGAAGAUGUAGAAAUCAUGAAGCACAGAUUUGAGGGCUUUGAGCAUGAAGUGAAUGCCACAGCAUCCAAGGUGGCAGUCGUCAACCAGAUCGCCAGACAACUGCUCCAUAAUGAACAUCCCAACUCAGACGAGAUUGUGGCCAGACAGAACCAGCUGAACACCAGGUGGGCUCGCCUACGUGACAUAGUGGAUGCUAAGAGAGAGGAGCUCAAUACCUCACAUGGCAUACAGACAUUCAAGAUUGAAAUUGUUGAAACCAUUUCUUGGAUUCGUGACAAGGCCAAGCUGAUUGAGUCCACAGAUGAACUGGGCAAUGACCUGGCUGGAGUGAUGGCCUUACAGAGGAGACUCAGUGGCAUGGAGAGAGACCUGGCAGCCAUACAAGCAAAGCUUGAUUCCUUGCAAACUGAGGCUGAGAAGUUGUGUGAAGAGAAACCAGAGGAGGCAGAUGAAAUUAAAGAGAAGCUGGGACAGAUUCAGGAUGUCUGGCAGGAGCUUAAGAUUAUGCUUAAAGACCGUGAUGAGAAGCUUGGUGAAGCUGGAGAGCUUCAGCGUUUCCUGCAGAACCUUGACCACUUCCAGCAGUGGCUGUCCCACACCCAGGUGACCAUCGCCUCUGAGGACAUCCCCAACAGUCUGUCCGAGGCCGAGAAACUUUUGAACCAGCAUCAACAGAUCAAGGAGGAGAUCGACCGCUAUGCUCCUGACUAUGCCCAGAUGAAGGAGUAUGGUGCCAAAGUGUGUGAGGGCCAAACUGAUGACCCACAGUAUCUGUUCUUAAGAGAGCGUCUUAAUGCUCUGGAUGAUGGUUGGGAAGAGCUGCACCAGAUGUGGGAGAACAGACAGAACCUGCUGUCACAGAGCCUCAACCUACAGGUCUUCUUAAGAGACGCCAAACAGGCAGAAGUCCUGCUGAACCAACAAGAAAAUUUCUUGUCCAAGGAGGAAGUCCCAACUACAAUUGGGACACUUGACAAGCAGACAUCAUUGGAAGCAGCAGAGAACCUGAUCAAACAGCAUGAAGCCUUUAUCACCACCAUGGAUGCCAAUGAUGAGAAGAUCAACCUGGUCCUGCAGUUUGCUGAGAGGCUGGUGGAUGAUGAGAACCACUAUGCAGCAGACAAGAUAUCUAAGAAGGCAGAGAAUAUUGAUGAGAGACGCAAUGCCAAUCGUCAGCGUGCAUAUGAAGGUCUGGAGAGACUGAAGGACUCACUUCAACUACAGCAGUUCCUGCAGGACUGUGAUGAGCUUGGAGAGUGGCUUGAGGAGAAGAUGAUUGCAGCACAGGAUGAGACCUACCGUGAUGCCAAGAACAUUCACAGCAAAUACAUGAGGCAUCAGGCCUUUGAAGCAGAGAUUGCUGCCAACAAGGAUAGGCUUCACAAAUUACAACAGGCUGGCGGUGAGCUAAUCAGAGACAAGCCAGACACUGCAGAGCAGAUAGAGCCUCGUCUCCAGAGCUUGGCUGCUCAGUGGGAAGAACUGGAGAAGACCACACAGGAGAAAGGAGAGAAACUUUUCGACGCCAACCGUCAAGUCCUGUAUGAACAGAGCUGCGAUGAUAUUGAUGGCUACCUCAAUACCCUGGAGUCUCAGAUCAUCACGGCCGAUUUCGGGCAAGAUCUAACCACGGUUAACUUGCUGAUGCAGAAGCAAAAUCUGCUAGAAGGUCAAAUGAAAAUCAAGGAAGAACAGAUGUCAGAGCUGGACAAACAAGCAGAGAUCCUGAGAAGUAAAGAUCCAGCAAAAGUGGAAGAGAUUGAGAUGAAGAAAGCCCUCGUUCAAGAGCGUUUUGUACAGCUGCAGGCUCCACUGCUGGAGAGGCGAUCUCAGCUGGAGAAACAGAAGGCAGUACAUCAGUUCCUGCGUGACGUCGAGGACGAAAUGUUGUGGAUAGACGAACGCAUGCCACUGGCAACAUCAGAAAACUAUGGCAACAGCUUGCUCAGUGUACAGACACUGAUGAAGAAAAAUCAGACUCUGAGAUCAGACCUAGAGCGUCAUGAGCACACAAUCAACGCAGUUUGUGACGCUGGCCAGGAGAUGAUCAAUGAAGGACACCCACAAUCAGAACUCUUCCAAGAAAAGAUUGAUAUGCUGUUACGACGCUGGGGAGAGCUGAAGGAAGCUGUAGAUGAGAGGCAAAACAGGCUACUUCUGUCACAGGUUGCACAGCAGUACUACUUCGAUGCUGCAGAGGCUGAGGCCUGGAUGGGAGAGCAGGAGCUGUACAUGAUGUCUGAGGACCGUGCUAAGGAUGAGGUGGGGGCCCAGAACAUGAUGAAGAAACACCAGCACACUGAGCAUGUUGUAGAGGACUAUGCUGAGACUGUCAGGCAGCUUGGGGAGAGAGCCAGGAAUCUCAUGGAUGAGAAUCAUCCAGAGUGUGACCAGAUAGCCCGCCGCCAGGCCCAGGUGGACAAACUGUAUGCUGGACUGAAGGACCUUGCCCAGGAGAGGAGAGGCAAGCUGGAUGAGUGCCUGAAACUGUACAUGUUGAAUAGAGAAGUAGAUGAUCUAGAGCAGUGGAUAGAGGAGAGGAGAGUGGUCGCUGGGUCGCAUGAACUUGGACAGGAUUACGAACACGUCACUAUGUUACGUGACCGGUUCAAGGAGUUUGCCAGAGACACCCAGAGCAUUGGUGAGGAACGCGUGGCCGCAGCCAAUGACAUGGCAGACAAACUGAUAGCCCUUGGCCACUCUGACGCUGCUACAAUAGCUGAGUGGAAGGAUGGCCUGAACGAGGCUUGGGCAGAUCUUCUGGAGCUCAUUGACACCAGGACACAGAUGUUACAGGCUUCUUGGGAGCUGUGGAAGUUCUUCAAUGACUGCAAGGAAACCUUGGAGAGAAUCUAUGAGAAACAGAACUCUAUCCCAGACGAGUUGGGUCGUGAUGCCCAGAGUGUGGCUGCCCUGCAGAGAAAGCAUGCCAACUUUGAGCAUGACCUCAUCACCCUGGGGACACAGGUGCAACAAGUGCAGGAGGAGGCAGCAAGGCUGUUUGCCGCCUACGCAGGGGACAGGGCCAGAGAGAUCCAAGACCGCGAGGCAGAGGUGGUGAACGCCUGGAGGAAUCUACAGGUGAUGGUGGAGGCACGCAAGAAUAAGUUGAUUGAUAUCAGUGAUCUGUUCCGCUUCUUUAACAUGGUCCGCGAUCUCAUGUUGUGGAUGGAUGACAUUAACAGACAGAUGAAUACACAGGAGAAACCAAGGGAUGUGUCAGGAGUGGAACUGUUGAUGAACAAUCACCAGAGUCUAAAAGCUGAAGUAGAUGCUAGGGAUGAGAACUUCACCAUCUGUGUCAACCUGGGCAAAGAUCUGCUGGCCAGGAGACAUUUUAGAUCAGAAGAGGUGCGUGACAAACUUAUCCAGCUGACCACACAGAGAGGCAUGAUGAUGGAGAAGUGGGAGGAGAGAUGGGAAUACCUACAACUUAUCCUUGAGGUGUACCAGUUUGCCAGAGAUGCUGCUGUGGCUGAGGCCUGGCUUGUUGCUCAAGAGCCAUAUCUACAGACUACAGACCUUGGUAGCACCAUAGAUGAGGUGGAGAAGUUGAUUAAGAAGCACGAAGCCUUUGAGAAAUCUGCUGCUGCCCAGGAAGAUCGCUUCACAGCACUGGAGAGGCUCACAACACUCGAGCGCAGGCAGCUUGAGAAGGAGGAAAGAGCCUCUGUGGAGGAUGGCGACCAGUCAGUGUCAUUAGAAGAACAACUGAGAGCACAGGCUGCAGCUGAAUUCACUAUCCCUGCAGUCCAGCUCCAAGAACCCUAUGAAACCAAUCUGGACGAGCCAGAUGAUGUAAUAAUCUACUUUCUUUCUAGCUUCAAUUGCAGGUGGCGGGGAGAUACUAACCAGCCCACUACCUUAACGUCAAUAUUAUCAAUGUCAAUCUUAAUGAUAAUCCUUAGCACUAAUGGCAGAGGGAUUACUCUUAUAUAA